CAAUGUCGGACAGUCACGAGACUGACAAAAAUAUCGAGAUAUGGAAGAUCAAGAAGCUGAUUAAAGCGCUUGAAGCAGCUAGAGGCAACGGCACCAGCAUGAUAUCUCUGAUAAUGCCUCCACGCGAUCAGAUUGCAAGGGUUACAAAGAUGCUUGGAGAUGAAUUUGGAACUGCUUCGAACAUCAAAAGCAGAGUCAAUCGUCAGUCUGUGUUGGGUGCAAUAACUUCCGCUCAGCAAAGGCUCAAACUUUAUAGUAAGGUUCCUCCCAACGGGCUUGUGCUCUACACAGGAACAAUUGUGACUGAAGAUGGGAAGGAGAAGAAAGUCACUAUUGAUUUUGAGCCUUUCAGGCCUAUAAAUGCCUCUCUUUAUCUUUGCGACAACAAAUUCCACACUGAGGCACUUAAUGAACUUUUGGAAUCAGAUGAUAAGUUUGGUUUUAUAGUGAUGGAUGGUAACGGGACUCUCUUUGGGACAUUAAGCGGUAACUCCAGAGAGGUGCUACAUAAGUUCAGUGUUGAUCUUCCGAAAAAACAUGGGAGAGGAGGACAAUCAGCUCUUCGUUUUGCUCGGCUUCGAAUGGAAAAGCGUCACAACUAUGUGAGAAAGACUGCUGAACUUGCCACACAAUUUUUUAUUAAUCCUGCCACCAGUCAGCCUAAUGUUUCCGGAUUAAUACUGGCUGGAUCAGCUGAUUUCAAGACUGAACUGAGUCAAUCAGAUAUGUUUGAUCAGCGGCUUCAGGCUAAGAUUCUCAAUGUGGUUGACGUCUCUUAUGGAGGAGAGAAUGGUUUUAACCAGGCAAUUGAGCUUUCCUCGGAGAUCCUGUCCAAUGUGAAAUUUAUACAGGAGAAGCGCUUAAUAGGGAAAUACUUUGAGGAGAUCAGUCAAGAUACUGGGAAGUAUGUUUUCGGUGUGGAUGACACACUGAAGGCCUUGGAGAUGGGAGCUGUUGAGAUACUGAUUGUGUGGGAAAAUCUUGACAUAACCAGGUACGUGUUGAAGAACAGCGUUACCGAAAUUGUCGUAAAACAUUUAAACAAGGAGCAGGAAGCCAACAUGACCAACUUCCAGGAUCCGGUCAGCUCAGCUGAUUUGGAGGUCCAGGACAAGAUGCCACUUUUAGAGUGGUUUGCUAAUGAAUACAAGCGAUUUGGUUGUAGUCUUGAGUUUGUCACCAACAAAUCACAAGAGGGUUCUCAGUUCUGCCGUGGUUUUGGCGGUAUUGGAGGCAUUCUCCGAUACCAACUUGACAUGAGAUCAUUUGAUGAGUUUUCUGACGAUGGAGAAGUUUACGACGAUUCUGAAUAGCAACCAAUCAACUCUACCCCAUUGACGGUGCAGAAUGAUGGGGAUAGAAACAAAACCUGCACCUGUGCCCGAGCUGUUGGGCGUUCUACUGGUGCUCACAAUGCCCCCAAAGUUUCUCAUACAUCUAAUUAAGUCCCUUCCCCUGCCAGACCCUAUGUGACAAUGUCGUGCAGACGGAAUGAUGUAGCAGCAAAAAUAAGUUAAAGGCAUAACCGGGAAUUCGGUUCUGGUAAUGGCCUUGCUUAUAUUAAUCUGAAACUUAUGAUAUUCAUGUGGUAGCACUUGCCUUGAUUAUGCCUAGCAGUCUUUGGUAGAAAUACAAUGCUUGUCUGAGCUUUAUUAUGCCUGAUGUAUGUUACCUUUUAUCUCUGGAUCUUGUUGCCCUAUAUCCAAAACUUCUUUGAAAUCCAUCAUUUUCAUUUUAUUA